ACCAUCCAGUGGCGGCAGAGUGUCAAUUGUUCCAUUUAGUUAUUGGAUUGUGUGGGAUUAGUUCUGCAGAUUUUCAAACUAAGAAUGUCAGUCAAUCAAGAAUACCCAGAGCCAACAACAUUACAAGAAGCAAUUAACCUUAUUAAGUUCAUUACUACGACACAUAAGAAAGAAAUAACCAGGCUUAAAGAGGUCAUUACCAAGCAAUCAGCAAUCAUCAAAAAAUUAGAAUCCAAUAGGAAAAAAGAAUUGGAUUUCUUGUCAUCUGAGCUUCUGAAGUACGAAACUAAUUUAAAUGAAAGGACUGAAUCCAUCAACAGACAAAUAGCUGAAAAAGAUGAAAUCAUCAAAAAGCAAAAUGAAACAAUUGAAGAACUGAACAUAAAAUUAAACGUCAAAACAGACUUUAUUGUGCCAGAAAUAGUCAUUGAUUCCAACUCUGACUCAGGAAUCGUUUUGGAAAAUGAAGACUUAAGUCCCAAAAUAGAUGAUUUAAAAAUCGAAGUGAAAGCAAGUAGAAAGUGUAGUAGGAGAUUUGCAGACUCCAUAGGGUUUUUACGCAGAGUAGAUUUUUCCCCAAUGAAAUACAAGCCUGGUAAUAGUAAUAGUAAGAAGAAAGAAGAAAAGAAAAAUACGUUGGAAGUUCCAACUAUUCCAUUAUUGAAUAGAAGAAUAUUUACUCGUCAAUUUAGUAAUGAUCGUCCAAUAAGCGAUGACGAAAGGAUUGUCUUGGAUGAUUCGGCGUUUUCGGAGGAACCAGCCGUACCAAUAGUAGUUACGCCAAAGAAGUUGAAUGAUAGCAUGAACAAUCAUUUUUCUGACGACGAUAGCGAUGAUACCAGUCAAGAAGAGGCUUUUAACAGAAUAAUGAUAAGAAGUAGCAUAAGACGGUCGGUAAAAGCCAAUCCUAAAUACAAAAAGAUUAACCGGAGUAAGGCUAAGCUUUUGGAACAGGUUAAAAUCAAUAUUAUUGAUUAAAAACUUGA